UCCUUUAAUGUAGAGUACAUGCUUCAGGACCGCGGAGAGCGGCCUCGCGUCGGAGCGAAGUAUCGCGAGAGUCUAGAGGCUGAAUAAUUCUCGCGCGCGCGGAACGGAUGCUCAUCGAUGCGCGUUCGUGUGUAGGAGUAACGUGACGUGAUUGUUUUCAUCUCCUGAGUGAGAUAACGGAUGUGGAGAACAUCCCCAUCAUAAGUGCAUCGAUCACUGAAUGGAAACGUGUUUGUUAGAUGCGAGAGGACGCGUGCAGCGGCAACAUAUCCCUUUCGCGAACGCACGAGAAGGUUUUUAAAUUAUAAAGUUUGACGUUGGUGAUCUUAAAAAAGAAUCUCCAUGGCAGAAAACAAUUUUCCACCUCUUCCACGGUCCAUUCCACUGAAACCAUGUUUUUACCAAGACUUCAAUGAGAUCCCAGACCAGCAUCGUACAAUGUGCAAACGACUGUAUUACCUAUGGAUAUUAAAUAGUGCCACCCUUGCAUUGAACCUGAUUGGCUGUCUAGCAUGGAUGUGCGGAGGGGGCGGGGGAGCCAAUUUUGGGUUGGCUAUUCUAUGGCUGAUACUGUUCACCCCUUGCUCAUAUGUGUGCUGGUUUAGGCCCAUCUACAAGGCCUUCAGGACGGACAGUUCUUUCAACUUCAUGGCAUUCUUUUUCGUCUUCAUGGCACAAGUGGUGAUUAGUAUCAUCCAGAGUAUUGGAAUCCCAGGAUGGGGAGUAUGUGGCUGGCUUGCCACCAUCUCUUUUUUCGGGGAUAACAUUGGCUCUGCUGUUGUUAUGCUGAUUCCAACCAUAAUGUUCACUGUCAUGGCUGUUCUCUCGUUCAUUGCCCUCACCAAGGUUCACAACUUCUACCGUGGCAGCGGGGGCAGCAUGAGCAAGGCCCAGGAAGAAUGGACCUCUGGUGCUUGGAAGAACCCUCACGUCCAGCAGGCAGCUAUGGGGGCUGUACAGGGGGGCAUGCAGGGUCAGCAGUACUCAGCCGCACCAACUUACAACUACGACGAGCCAAUGUAGAUCCCUCUCAGCCACAGUAAGGGUAGGGGACAGAAACAGGGUAUUUGGGAGGGCUUUCCAGAAGGAUAAAGUCAAUAAUUUGAAUUUCAAAUUUCCACUGGUACAACAAUACAUAUGCUUUGCCUUAAACUGUUUUAAAAGUGUGUGAUUGGUUAAAGAGUCACUUUCGGCUUUUAGAACCAUUCAAAAAGAAAAGAAUCCGUCUCACCAUGUGGUAUUAAGGCAGAUUGAAUUAACGGUUAUGUAGUGUUUCUCCACUUGUAUUUCAAACAUGGCUGAACUGGAGCACCAGUGAGGAAACAUUCCAAAACUCACUAUGUUUCUAUAGUAACUAGAUUCUUAGAUUUUUCUGUGUGGUAUUUGCAAGCCACUUCUAUAUUUGUUUGGCUGUUAGUAUUCAAAAACACAUUUCCACUAUUUAGCAAACGCAUCUUUACUCUCACAUCUUAUGACUAAACGUAUGUUUUAUGCACAAAGUGAAGAAAUUACCAGCUUUUGGAACUACAUUGACUGGUAUUUACUUGAUCCUGUAGUUGAGAGAAUAUAAACCCAGCAAACCGGAAACAUUCUGAGAACUUUGGCAAUGUUCUCUCAAAGUUAUGAACAAACGUUCUUGUGACGUCCAAUGUUUGUUCAAAGUUAUCUGGUCUUUAAUAAUGUUCUCAAAUGUUAGCUAUGCUAUUCAUGCAUCAUUCAAGGAAUGUUUUUCUUUUAAAACAUUUUUUAAAGAUUUCUACUUGUUUUAGAAUGUUCGGGGAACACAUUCACAUAAUGUUUGCUAAAUGUUCCAUUAAAAAUUUGUAACUAAGAAAAAAAGCUUUUUAAACUUUUUUAAAAAAACUUCAAGAUUUAGAUUUUGAACAUUCAGAGAACUUUCUGAAAUAAUGUUUUCAUGACUUGAUGGGAUCGUUAGCAAAACGUUCUAAGAACAUUUCUGUUAGCUGGGAAGUUUAUAAACAUUACAUUGUUGGUGUUGAGCGCUUUACAUCAAGUGAAAGUUCAAAGGAAGUUUUCUUUAAUGUGAAGAUACAAGAAAAGCCAUAUGUUUACGUUGUUUAAGUUAUGUAUUUUUGUUUGGGUUAAAGGCUGUUGAUGUUUUAGUGAGUGUGGUUGUGCUUGUUAACAUUGUUUUGAGGAUUUAUCACAUUUUAAUGCUGAUGUACUGUAGCUGAGGUUUGGCUAACGAAAUCAACUGGACGAAAUAUUUGUACAUGUUGUACAUUUGUUGAUUUCUCAUACAGAGUACAUAUUGAGUCUGCUCU